AUGGCGUCCCUCGGAGAUCAGUUCUUCUAUAUGGAUGCGCAGACGGACGACUGGGUGGACUUCGACCAAUUCCUCAACCUCCCGGCGGCCUAUGGCGACGAUUAUGCCGCAUCUGCCACCGUUUCGCCGGAGAUGAGUCUUCCCUACGAUGCUGAAACGCUCGGGAACGACCUUCCGGCCUUUUUCCAGUCGGCCUUCCCCGACAUGGUCGACCAUGGAGCUUUCGAGCAGGAUCAAUUCCUGGCCGACCACUCCCCCGAUUUCGAGCUGACGGCGGAUACUCCGGUGUUUGACGAUGCCAUGUUCAAUGCUUACCAGCCAUACGAAAACGGUUACUCUUUCCGUCAGAUGGUCGAGACGCAAGCCGCCGCCGACACCCGUGCUGCUUCCAUCAAGGAGAAGCGCCGGGAAGCCGCGAUUGCUCUACACCUACAGCGACUGUGUGAUUCUACUGCCCGUGACCUCGACAUGUCUUCGGAUUCCAACACCAGCUUCUCAUCCCCUAGCUGGUCGGAUUACAUGCGCGAAAGCAUAUCUCCGCAACCCGCCAGCUCUGGCAGCCCAGAAACGACGCCUGCUGCCCCUCCGCCAUCUGCCGCUGGAAACGGAGGUCUUGAAAUGGUUCUCGACCUGAACAUGAACGCCACGACCAACCUGCCAAAGAAGCAAAAGCCCCGUUCCCAGGCGCAGAAGGAGAACUACAUCAAGGCUCGCAAGUACGGUGCGUGCGAGAAGCACAAGAAGCAACACAAGAGGUGCAACUGCCUCGAAAAGGCUGCUGCUCGCGCGGGUGUCAACGAAGCUCCACUGAGCACUUCGCUCAGAGAACAACCUCACCGACCCCUGGUACACGUACCAGUCCUUCCAGAUCUGCGUUCCUCUGGUGUUCCAGGAAACGAUCCUUCCAUGAUUCCACGUGCUUCGAUCAAGGUUAUCAAGAGACCUACCAGCAGUUCUCCCGGACACGAUCCAUCGCGGGGAAUUUGUGCUGUCCUGCCGACGGUAAGAUCGACCAAGCAGGCCGGCGUCCCAAGCCACGACCGCAAAUACAGUAUCUCCGGCGUUCUACCCACGAUCCGGACUGUGCGCAAACAUACCGGCAGCGCGACGGAUCAAAACCUUCCGUACAAUGCCGCUGGAUCUAUGCCGGCAACCGCAAAGAAUGUUGUCAAGCAGUCCAGAACUUCCUCUGGUCACGACCCGUCCCGUCCGCACCGGAGUGUCCCUCAGUCUGUCAAGACGGCGAGCGAAUCCACCAGUUCCACGACCUGGCGCUGGAGAACAAUUGGGGUUCUACCCAACAUCUCCGCGCUUCCAAAAGGAGGCAGCAACAGAAAUACCGUACAGACAAAUCCAUCAGAUGCUGGCGGUACGUUUGGGAACCCACAUUUGCAGGUACGGCGUCCCAGACAUGGAAUGCCCUCGGGUCUUCCAGAAAGCUCGUUGCCGGCAAGUGGUACUCGCACAAGCCCGAUUCGCUCGACGCAAAGCUGUCGCAAUACCGGAUUCUUGGGUAUCCCAAGUUCUGCACCCAAUGCAAAGAUGCAAGGCACCAAUCUGCCAGUCGACGUUCUUGUUGCACUUUCGGAGCGUUCUCGUUCGGAACGUGUCUCUGUACGCUCUCCGACCGGCUCGAAGGCGACCUCGGAGUCUCCCGUCCAGACGAUAACAAAUGGAACAAGUGUAAGCUCGUUCACAAGUCGUUUUGUGGGUUCGAUCCUGUCGAUUUUUGGUCUUUGGCAAUCGCCGCUGUUGGCGUCCUCUGCCUCUCAACCCGAAGACUUUAUAUUUAGCUGCCUUUCUUUCUUUGCGAAAAAGUUGAGAUCAGCUAGAGGUGGCUUGCAACUCUUCAACACGCGGUCCGCAGGGCUCUGA